AUGGAUGUGUUUUGGGAAACUUCUUUCUGGGCACACUCGUUGCGUACUCCGUUCACACGCCGUGCAUAUUCCUCUGGCAAGCCCCGAGUCGCUCUCCUCUACCAAGCUUUAGACCCCCCAAUCAUCAAUGGAGUGAGGACGCCUAAAGAGCAGGGCGGUUACAGGGACUCCGGCACAGACAUCGCGUACGUCUUAAGAGAGCAAAGUCGCGUCGACAUUUGCUUUCCCGAUGACGAGCAGGGUAUAAUAGCAGCUGUGCACGCUGGUGCCAAUCAUUUGUGGGCCAACAUUGUACUUUUUAAGGACCACUCGUUGCAAAUUUCUUCUGCCCUAGACACCCAUGGCGACAUUCGCGUUAUUGGACAGCCUCCGCUGGUGGUCGAGACUUUUGAGGACAAGCACUACCUGAACGGGAUGCUGAGGCAGCGCGGUUCCACAGUUCCAAAGUCCUGUGUCCUCACUCCUAAUAACAUUGACGGCUUGAGAACCACUAUUUGGCGCGGCGGUUUCACGAGCGCUCCCUCCAUUGCGAAACCUAUCCGCGGACGUGGAAGUCAUGGCAUCAAGCAUUGCCUUACCCCUCAAAUUCUGGAACAACACAUUCGAGAUCUUUUCGCCGAGUCCCCCAUGGUCAUGGUAGAAGAAUACCUCUCAGGCCAAGAAGUCACAGUGGCCGUUAUGCCGCCGAUGGGGCACGUGCCGUACCUGGCCUUGCCCGUGGUUACGCGGUUUGGCCACGCUAAGUGCGUGUUGCCACCCAGCGGCACCGUGGCCCUGACGACAGAUUCCAGAGCAGUGGGGAUUAUAGAGGAGGUCGCGGAUCGGAUGUAUAGGCGGAUUAUCAAAGAGUGCGAGCAGGUUGCGAAGCUGUUACAAACGACGGCGCCGAUUAGUUUUGAUGUUAGGCGGUAUAGGAAUCAGGGUGGUUCGCCUUUCGCGAUUUUUGAUGUCAAUAUGAAUCCGGACAUGAGCGGUCCUGGGAGACCAGGAAGGGAGAACCAGGCUAGUCUUAUAGGACUUGCCGCGGAGGGCUACGGUAUUAAUUACCCUGAGCUUUUAUAA